AUGGUGAUAACACGGAAAAAUAUCGAAAAUAUGGAGAUUUACGAUUAUAUGAAAGAGCUGAAUGAAAGAAUAUGGGGAUAUUUGUUUGAAGAUUCGCUAGCACAUGAGUCAAUAUUGCAAUCAUUAAACGAAUUAGAACAAGUUAUAAUAUCCAGAUUAUUAUUCAUACAACAAGUGGUGUCUGAAAGAGCAAUGAGAUUAUGGAUAAAUCCAAGUUCCUUAAAAAAAUUAAGUGAAUGCAUUAAAAAUUUGGUAGAAGCUAAGAUAUUAGUAGAAAGUGAAACAAAGAAGGAUAAUUACAACCAAUAUAAAAUAAAUGAUAAAUUUAGACUUACAAUGUUAAACAAAAUUUAUAAAAAUAAUGAAAAUAAAAUUUAUAUAUUUAAUAAUAAUAUUAAGGAACAAACAGAAAAAGAAAAAAAAUUAUAUGAAAAAAAUUUAUACCCUACUAAAGAAGAAAUAUCAAAUUAUGCUCAUACCAAAUGGAAUAAUUUGUUACAUUUUAUAGCUUCUCCAAAAUUUAAUUAUAUGAAUAAUUACAACGUAUACAAUAAUACCAAUUCAAUGGAGAAAAAACAUGCUCAUUAUUCUCAACAUACUAACUUGUCUAAUUACUCAAAUGAUGACAUGAAUAGAAGUACAAAUUUAGAUACAUAUUCAUACUACAAUAAUUCCACAAAAAUGAAAAGUAAACAAAAUUAUACAGAUGAUGAGGUAUAUAUACCCAGUGAAUAUGAUCUACAUAAUGAAACAUAUUACAAAACUGGUAAAUACAAAGAUAAGCAAUAUGGGACACAUUACUAUGCCAUGGGUAAGCAGGAGGAUGACUAUGAUGAGGAGAGAACCCCUGAUGAUUACAAUAAAUCAAAUAAUGAAUAUUAUAAUAUGGAAGGAAAAGAACAGAAUACACGAGAAGAAUGCAACAACAGUGAAAGCGAAGAGAUGAAAUACAGUCAUUACAACCAUUACCACGAACAGAAAGGUUACAAUUACCAUGAGGAUUCAUUAUCAGGAAUGAAAAUUGGAAAUACAAACAAUCCAAAUAACCAAGCACUGUCAAAUCAGUAUGAUUUUCUUAGUAUGGGGAAGAAAAGGAAGAGGAAGAAGCAGAAGGGAGUUUAUGCAUCUAAGCAAAAUGAUCUUUAUUAUAAGGGUCUACAAUAUAUGGAAAAUAGAUAUAUGGAAGAAGAGAAUAAUGAAAAUCCUUUUUUUUUAUCAAACGGAAAAAAAGACAUUUUUUCUCCCUACACAGCAUGUACCAGCCUGAUUGAAGUUUUGAAGAGAAAAAAUUUCAUACUAGAAGAUGAUGUAAAUAGUAAUAAAGUAAUAAACAUGAGUAGAGAAGCUUUUUCUUGGUUUCUGAAAGAUAUUAGGAGUAGAAUCAUAUCACUAGUUAUUGAAUAUUUGCUUAUAAUAGAUGAUGGUUAUGUUACAAAUAUAGCCCAGGAAUUUUAUGCAAAGUAUAAGAAGAAGAAAAAGAAUAACAAUAAUGUGGACACAGGAAACGGUAGCAUCCGUAAUGCUACUAUCAGCACCCUCGAAAGUAAUCAGAUAAAUGAAAAAAGUUAUAUCAACAAUGUCAGCAGUUGCACUAUUUAUGGAAAUGAUAACAAUAACGGAAGUGAUAGAAUUUACAAUGAUCAUAUGAACUCGUCAUAUAAAGAAAAGGGGGAAAAUGGUUCCGGCUCAGGCUUAGGCUCAAAUUCUUGUUAUGUAACAGAAGAAAAAAAAGACUCAAAUAAGUCUGAAAUAUAUGUUAAGGAAACUUUAUUGUUAAUUUUAUCCAUUGGUCAAUGUAAUAUUAACCAUCCCAUAUACCUAGAUAAUCUAACAACAGCUCAGAAAGAAUUUGUAAAUUUUGGUAUCCACAUUGGCCUUUUUUUUAAACGUAAUGAGGGUUAUAUAUUUGUAACUCCAUAUGCUUUAUUACUAACAAUAAAUAACAUGAAUGUGCAGAAUUACAUGACCAUACUCAACAACUUAUCAGUUGAAGGACUGUCAGAGAACGUUUAUAAUGUAUACAAUAACACGUUUAAUCAACAUAACAUUUAUAAUCAGAAUGACGUUUAUAAUCAACAUGACGAUAACAGGGGCCCUAGCAGCAGCAUAGAGAUUGAUAAAAAUGGACAUAAUGAAGAAAUGAAAAAAUUAAGUGAAAAGUAUUUUCACCAUUACUCACUUCUACAAGAAGAGAAAAUACAAGAGAAAGAGAAAAAAAUAAUCACCAGAAAUGAUAGUCAUAAUGAUGUAAAUAAGAACAAAAUAUCAUACGAAUUAACAAAUCAAAAUUUAUAUUCUGAUAAAAAACUUAAUGGAUAUAAUAACCUCGAAAUAGGGCUAAUUGUACAAAGUAAUUUUAAAGUUUAUUUAUACACAAAUUCAAUAUUAAAAAUAAAUAUUUUAAGCCAUUUAUGUGAAUUACAAGCUAGAACACCCAAUAUGGUUGUUGGUAUAUUAACAAGAAGAAGUGUUUUAAAUGCAUACAAUUCAGACAUAACUGCAAACCAAAUCAUCAAAUUCUUAGAAUCAUAUGGGCAUCCAGGGAGAAACAAUUUUAAAAGCACCAUUCCUAUUAAUGUUAUUACGCAACUCAGGUUAUGGGAAUCUGAAAGACAUAGAUUAACACUUGAAGAUGCUAUCCUUUUCAAAUCAUUUGAAAAAGAAUUUCUUCCUCAACUUUAUCAACAAAUUGUGGUCUGGGCUAAUAGCAAAAAUUAUUUAUUGCAUUAUACACCUUGGCCAAAAAAUAGUAACUCCCCAGAAUUUGACACAUGGAUGAAAUCAGAAAAGUAUCUUUGUUGUACUUAUGAAUCCAAAAAUGAAAUCAUUGAUAAAAUUAAGGAAAUUCGAGAAAAGCUGAUGAAGAAGAGGCAAAACGUAUAG